AUGCGGGCCCAUGGCUGCCUUUCAGUCGCUUUAUAUGCCGCCCUAGUACCAGCAGUCAUCGUCCCCGUCAACGAGCGGUGUGUCACGUCCAUUUCCACGGCCUAUGGAUACAUAACUUUCAGCGGUUCUACGUCACGGAAGGGCUUCGGGCCGCGAUGUCAGAAUCAUCUCGAGGUCACCUCUAUCUACGCUUCUUCAGAUGUUUAUUGCAAACCGGUGGAACGAUCAGUUGGAAUUUCACAGCUUGAAGCCCUUUGCAGGGAUGGGGGUCUAGAGCUGAUCCCCAGGGACCAGCUCGCUGAGAACCUCACAGAGGAUGCUAUUAGCCAUAUGCGAACGGUGGACUUUCUCGAGCUGCCACUCUCUGAACCCGUCGACACUCCCGUGCUUCUAUCCCCGUCACAUUAUCGCAGUGUCUUCAAAACAAUAGAUACUUGGGCGUUUGAGAGCUGGACACACUAUGCAUACGGAUACCUUGGUUACCUUUACUGGGCUUGUAUCCUGUUCGUAGGGAUGGUCCAUCACCUGUUGCAAUUCUUUUUCACAUCUAGAUACGAUCAACUACCACAAGGCGCAAGGUUGUCACGGAACUCUCCUAUUCGACGAAUAUAUCACUGGAUCGAGACACAUUUUCUUGUUCCUACAACCAUCCCCUCUCGCGGGCGCAAAUUUCUCUGGUGGACAUUCUCAACCCGGAGAGAUGCGCUUAUUUCUCUGGGGUUCUGGGUACUCAGUACCGUCGCGUGCCUAGUGAGCUAUCGCCUGUUUCCGGAAAAUAUAUACUGGCCAGACGAGUCCGCACAACUACUCAGGUAUAUGGCCGACCGGACUGGAAUCGUAUCGUUCGCCAAUCUCCCCUUGUUAUGGCUCUUUGCAGGGCGUAACAAUAUAUGCGCUUGGGCAACGGGGUGGAAUUUCGCGACUUUCAACAUAUUUCAUCGCCACGUGGCAUGGAUAGCGACGAUUCAGGCGGUUGCUCAUACUGUGCUUUACCUCAUUCUAUUUUUUCAAAAUUCUGAUCCUUGGAGGAAGCUCCAGAAGCCGUAUCUCAUAUGGGGAACUCUUGCAACUGUUUUGAUGGUGCUCAUCCUACCGGCUGCAGUGAACUGGUUCCGUCACAGAGCGUACGAGACGUUCCUCGUCAUCCAUAUCAUUUUCUCUAUUGGUCUACUCGUUGGCUGUUUCUAUCAUACCAUCAUUUUUGAAGGCCAGGAAUACUGGUUCUACCUUUGGCUGCCCGUUGGAAUCUGGGCUUUCGAUCGGGCCCUCCGGAUUAUUCGUCUGCUGUAUUGCAAUCUCCAUGUCCAACUCAAUUCAGGAGGACAGGUGCAACGCACUACAAGCACAGCGACAUACGAUAAGGCAGCCGACUUGAUCCGCUUGGAAGUUGUACCUGGUUCAAACACACUGCAACCCCGACCUGGUCAAUAUUACUUCCUGUACCAGCCAUUCCGGCUGACAGGCUGGGAAAGCCACCCCUUCACCCUCGGUUGCUGGUCAUACGAACUUGGACGAAAUGCAUCGAUGCCAGGGACUCCCAGGUCGAAAAGCGACGAACGCGUAGACGUCUCCCAAAUUCCUCUCCUCUCCGACGACUCUUCCGGCAGUCGAUCACCCCAUGGCCGACUGCAACGGACAGCCAGUGCCUCUGGCGAACUGCGACUGGUCUUCUGGAUCCGACCCUACGAUGGCUGGACACGGCAUCUGCAACGAAAGUGCAUGAAGUCGCCGGACGAAACAACCAAUGCAACAGUGCUCCUGGAAGGCCCUUACGGCCGCGAAUUUCCCCUCUGGAGCUAUGACUCCAUCCUCCUCAUCGCCGGCGGCACAGGUAUCGCCUCCGCUGUACCAUACAUCCACGACCACAUUACCCGCUCUUCAUCCUCGUCCGCAUCCACAUCACCAGACGAAGAAACCACCAAAACACGCAUCCAAGACAUGAACCUCGUCUGGGUCACGCGGCAACCCGCAUUCAUCGACAAACUCGCCACGACGGAACUCAGCGCCGCCAUCGACCGGGACGACUUCCGCGCCUCAUUCUACGCUACAUCGCCCCUUGCGCGGUGGCAGCGCGGGUCCAGCUCCAGCUCCAGCCCCAGCCCGGGUUCAGGCCCAUAUGCAGAACCAGCCGAUCCGUGCGUCGCCGCAGGUGUUGAUCUCCCUACAAUAACAGACAAGGACGUCGAUAUUACCCAGGGCCGGCCGAACCUGGAAAAGAUAAUUUCCGUCUUUGCCGAGGAGGCGCAUCAUGCUGAUUCGUCCGCGGCCGUGCUGGUUUGCGGGCCGCAGAAAAUGGCGGAUGAGGCCCGCGCGGCGGUGUACCUUGCUAUGCGGCGGGGGUAUGGGUUGAGAUAUGUUGAGGAGUCGUUUACUUGGUAG